UUUGUGAAGGGGUGCGAGUUGAGGCUUGAGUUCACGUAGAGAGCUCAAAAUGGGCAAGAAUAUCGGGAGCAGAAUGGCAGAUUAAUAUAUGCAGCCGAUCUCAAAUAAUUAGAAAAAAACUCAUACAAAUAACAAUCAAAAGAUCUCUUACUCCUCGGAGAAUUAAUUUACAGUAUGCUCAACGAGUAGAAACCUCAUCACUCAAAAAUCCCAAUACGGCCGGCCAGAGAGGACGACGACCCUCGAGUUGUCGAAGCACCUGAGUUCAGCCUCUCUCUCUCUCAUCCCCCAUCAACAAAGUGUUUCUCUCUCCGUAUGCACAGAGAAACUAUUCCUCCACUUCUAUGCAUAUGAAUUGAAAGAGAGUGAAAGACCUUCACUUCUAUGCAUAUGUAAGAGAAAGCGAAGGUGAAAGAAGCCAACCCCUCCUGAAGUCAUGGAUACCUCCGCUCGGCUGCUGGCUUCUCUGUCAAGGCCAGAAACGGCUUCAUCGGCAACUGCUCCACUGUCUAAGCUAGCCACUGCUGCAUCGAUCGCUGCCGGGAUCCAAUUCGGUUGGGCUCUCCAGCUCUCUCUCCUCACCCCUUACGUUCAACAACUCGGGAUACCCCACACUUUUUCGAGCUUCAUCUGGCUCUGCGGCCCCGUUUCAGGGAUGAUUGUUCAGCCAAUUGUGGGCUACAACAGUGAUCGGUGCCGGAGCCGGUGGGGUCGGCGGAGGCCUUUCAUAGCAGCCGGAGCUGUGCUUGUGAUGGUGGCCACGGUUUUAAUCGGGUUUUCAGCUGAUUUGGGUUAUUUUAUGGGGGAUGAGAUUGAAGGAGAGGUGAAAAUGAGGAGGCCGAGGGCUAUUGUGGUGUUUGUUUUGGGGUUUUGGGUGCUUGAUGUAGCUAAUAAUAUGUUGCAGGCCCCCUGCAGAGCUCUCCUUGCCGAUCUCGCAGGCAAGAACCAAAGCAAGACGCGCAGCGCCAACGGCUUCUAUUCCUUCUUCAUGGCAGUCGGCAACAUUCUCGGCUUCGCGGCUGGUGCCUUUCCCAACCUUCACUCUCUCUUCCCCUUCACUCUAACACAAGCCUGCAAUGCUUACUGCGCCGACCUCAAAUCUGCCUUUCUUCUCUCGAACCUUCUCCUCUUAACUCUUACCACACUUAGCCUGACCUCAAUUUCUGAAACUGCUGUUCCCGAAGAGCGCAACGGGCACCAUAACAGCCACCAUGACGAUGAAGAAGAAGAGAGGGAGGCUUUUUUAGGAGAGAUAAUAAGGGCAUUGAGGGAUUUGCCUAGGCCAAUGUGGGUUCUUUUGCUGGUGACCUCCCUUAAUUGGUUGGCCUGGUUCCCAUUUUUGUUAUUUGAUACAGAUUGGAUGGGAAGAGAAGUUUACUGGGGGAGCCUUAAUGGGAAUGAAAGUGAUUUGGAGAAGUAUAACGCUGGUGUGAGAGUUGGCUCGCUUGGUCUGAUGGUGAACUCGGUGGUUUUGGGUGCUACGGCUCUUGUGGUCGAGCCCAUGGCUCGAAGGUUCAGGGCCACGAGACUAUGGGGGCUGGUUAAUUUUGUGCUGGCCUUUUGUCUUGGUUUCAGUGUAGUCGUGACGAAGUUGGCUGAGUUUUAUGGAGGGGCAACGGCGGGCGUGGCAGUGUUGGCUGUGGCUUUGUUUGCUUUGAUGGGCGUGCCCCUUGCGGUGACAUAUAGCAUUCCCUUUGCACUGGCUUCCAUCUUCUCUAGAAACUCCAGAGCAGGUCAAGGCUUGGCAAUGGGUGUGCUCAACCUCGCGGUGGUUGUACCACAGAUUAUAGUUUCACUUGGAAGUGGACCUUGGGACGCCCUAUUUGGAGGUGGAAACCUGCCAGCAUUUGUCGUAGCUUCAUUUUCUGCCUUACUCAGUGGAAUUCUUGCUUUCUCUCUCUUGCCUUCUCCCCCUCCCGCUUUCCCAAUCACUCGCAUUUUGAGAACAAGAAGCUCUCCCUUUCCUUAAUUCCAAUUCCCUUUUUCUCUCUCUCUACCUUCUUCCUUUUUCUUUAAGACCUUAGCCACAUUAUCUUUCUCUCUCCCCUUUUCUUUCUUAUCCUGUCCUUGCUGACUAAGCCACAUUACAUGGUAGCCACAAAAUUCUACACCUCACUUUUAAAGGAAUCAAAGGGUGGCAAAUACCAUUUUGAAGUUUGGCAAAAUAUUCAUCACAGGCUUUGAAAAGUUGGAAAGGAGUGUUCAAAUAUGUGAAACUCUUUUGUGAGAAUCUCAAUUUGUACUUGAUAAGAAC